UCAGCUGUGCUCCUCCUCCCAUCUCUCUCCUUCCCGGAUUGGACCUGCACGGCCACGGCUCCGUCAUUGCAUGAGAAAGAGGGGGCUGGUCCGAGAGUUUCCUGAUCCUCUCCGUCUAGCCUCGGUCUGACCGGACAGGCGAAAAACAUUUCCAGAACAAAAGCGACAUCGGACAAUACAAACCAACUGGAGUGGCGUAUCUGCAUACAGUCUUGAGAGAAAAUCAAGCGUCUGUGGCAAUAGCGGAAUAAUAUCUCUGAUGGCGACGCACAGUGACCAUGACUUGAAAGUUAUCUCUUCAAAAGGGGUGGCUGCAAAAAGACAAGACGGAAGCCUCACCAGUGCACAGCAGCAAAAAUCACCACACUACCACAAUUAUGAUGGAAAGCAACAUGCAAGCCCCUCUAAUCGCAGACCAAGAGAGAGCAAUGGUGGUUCUGCAGUAAGCUUCAGCACUAAUAAUAACUCUGUAGUAUGUCUUCCUUUGGUAUCUGAAGGACUGAAGCUAGUGUGGACCCAGUCCGAUCAAACACGCGAGCUGGACGGUAUCCCUGAACUUGUUCAGGCCUUCAAUAUCUUCCCCUAUCCAACAUCUCAAGAAGUCACCACCCUUGCCCGUGUCUGCGCUCUUCCCCUAGAUAAAGUCAAAGUGUGGUUCAUGGUGCAACGCAUCAAGUAUGGAAUUAGCUGGGCCUCGGAGGACAUUGAAGAGACGCGGCUCAAGCUGGCAAGACCAGAGCAGAUGAGUGAGACUGAACACAAAGAGAGCAGUAGAAAGAGGAAAAAUGGUACUGAGGAUUUAAAAGAAACAGAAGAUCAUGUAGAAGAUCUAGUGCAAAGUCCACAAGUGCCUCGUAAAAGACAUAAAACUGAAAGCACAGAACCAGCAAAGCUCUUUCCUGCUCCCUCACGUUUCCGUUCAUCUCUCCCACCUCCCCAGGAUUCAUACUACUACCGACAGCCAGUAGAAAUUCCAGAAAAACCUCAAGCGGCCACUCCACCUACUUCUACAGAGUCUCCUGUUGGAUCUGUGCAGCCACGUCAUGGGCGCUACAAAAAGUCCAAAGCCCAGUUAGCUGCUUUGCGUAAGAGUUUUCUACAGGAGAAUUGGCCUGAUGAGACAGAGCUCCAGCGCCUACAAGAGGAGACGGGCCUUACUCGUAAUGAUAUUCGAAAAUGGUUUAGUGACAGUCGCUACCAGCUGCGAAAUGGUCGGGGGUUGUCGACAUCCUUCUCUGCUACUCAAGGAGAAAAAAAUGUACCCAACUGCAGUCUAUCAUCUCAGUCUCAGGAGGUUCAGCCUCUUCCUCUCACCACUAAAAAGCAAACUACAGAGCAAGCUGAUGACGAAGGCAAGGAAAAGUUUCGCAUGAAAGGAUCACGAAGGAAUUGGCCAAAGAACUCUCAGUUUUUCCAGCUUUUCCUCUCGAACACACUUGAGGCAUUUGAAGACGGAGCAUUAGUUGUGGACGAGGAGAAAUGUUCAGAAGAAAGUGAGAUUCAGAAUAACGAAGCUGGAAGCGAACAGGAAAGUGAGAGAUGUUGUUUGACACCUCCAGAGCCAGCUGCACCCACUUCCUCCUCUUCUUCUCCAUCAAUCACCCCAUCUAAAAAACACUCAGGCAGGUCGUCAAAAUCUGCACGCUUUGUCAAAGCAAAUGCUUUGAACAACUCCCUUAACCCCUCGGACAACACUUCACCUUCUUCAGUAUUAACAGCAGCUGGACGACCAAGAAAAACAAAGGAGCAACUGGCUGUCCUAAAGGAAUACUUCCAGCGCUGCCCAUGGCCAAAAAGUGACGUAUACACACAGAUAGUUGAACAAACAUCUUUGCCUCGUGCUGAUGUUAUCCAGUGGUUUGGGGACACACGUUAUGCAGUAAAAAAUGGCCAUGUACGCUGGGUGCAUGCUGAUGUACGUGACCAAGUGCUUGCUGAGAUAGCAUUGUUACAAAGUGGAGGGGCUGCUGCUGAUGCCACUGGAACCCCAGGAAGUGAAGGCAACAGGAAACGUAAGUCACAAGGGAUCAGCACACCAAAAACACAGAAGUCUGCAAUGGAUUCUGUAGACCUCAGUCCCUUGGAGCAGUAUUAUCGACAGAUGGGACCACUCCAGGAGAAAGACCUUGACAAUCUCUGCCGGAAGUCAAAAAUGAGUUAUCAACAGGUCAGAGACUGGUUUGCAUCUAAAGACAGUACAACACUGGACACAGAGAUCACUGUUAUUGAUUAAUUAAUAUAAGAAAGAAAACUUUUUGUGCUUAUGUCUGUUAAUCUGCUGUGAGUCCUGUAGUCAGGCAAAACCCCUUUGAAGGCACAGUGUAAAAUCACUUAAUGCAAUGCCCUCUAUUAUGUAAAAAAAAACAAUAACAAUGUGAAGGUUUUUUUUUAACACCCACAACAUCAUUUGUUAUACGACUGGCAGUAUUGAAAUGUAAAAUGUAUUUUGGUUUUAACCAAAUACUAAGUAAUUUUCCUGUGAUACUCUGGGAGUCAUCUGUACACUGGCUGUUCCUCCAGUUUCCCAUGUUUGUGUUUUUUGGUAUUUGUGCUAGUAAUCCUUUAGAGCCUUAAUUGCUGCUUCUUAGAACUGAUAUGAUACUCAAACUUUUUAUUUUUCCAGAAACCUUGGCUUGGUUAUCUAUUAGGUACUGUAGUUUAGUUAUUUGGACCAGUAACUUUAGCAAUGCAAGAGUAUGUUUUUGUCAAUUUUUAGUUUAACUCAUAGAAGAUCCAUAUGGCACUCUAUAUUGAUUCCCUUGCAAACAAUUAACCUUAAGUUUUUCCAGUAUAUAUGUAUAUAUAUAUUUUCCCCCCAAUUAUGUUUCUUUCUUUAACAUUCCGCACUUAGGUUUAUGGAUCCAUCUCUCUAAUCUCAUUUCAUUGUGAAUAAACAUUUCAUUUGAAAACAUCCCUACUCCACUGCAGUAAAAAGGCAACAAAAGCCAUAGUUUUUGUAAAAUCGUGUGCCUUAUUGUCUGUAAAUUUGUUUUUCAGGGAGGCGAAACUGUUGCAUUGAAAUAAAACAUGACAGAUUAAUUUCAA